ACGGCGAGCCUCAAUCCAACAUGGCGGCUCCGUCAGUGGUCAUGUGUGUGCGUGCCCGUGGCCUCCUACGGCUGCUCACCCCGGGGGUCACGUCUGCCCUGGCGGCCUGUGCGCCGAAACACUGCCCUCAUGUGAAAGAUGCCGUACGGACGCUGUCCUCCGACCAUCCGCCGCCUGGUUCCGGUCUCGCUCAGGCCAUCCUCCAAGAGCGGCUGCAGCAUUCUCGGACUGCAUCUGGAGAUUCAGGGUCUGAGCAGCAGCAGCAGCAGCAGGAGGAGGAGGCAGGAGACAAUAAGAAGAAGGAGAAUUCAGCGUACGCCAAGAAGAUGGUCCUCAGGUUGGCCGCCCUGAUGGGUGCAGGCGGGGCAGUGGCGCUGGUGUACGUGUUCGGGUCGAACUCUGUUGAUGAACAUGGAAACAAGAUUCCAGAUGAGUUUGAUGGCGACCCUGUGGUGAUUCAACAGCUCAGAAGGACCUACAAGUACUUUAAAGAUUACAGACAAAUGAUCAUAGAGCCCACCAGUCCAAAGCUACUUCCUGACCCUCUGAAGGAGCCCUACUAUCAGCCUCCCUACACGCUGGUCCUGGAGCUUACUGAUGUCUUGUUGCACCCCGAGUGGUCGUUAUCAACAGGCUGGCGCUUUAAGAAACGUCCUGGCAUCGACUUCCUCUUCCAGCAGCUCUCACCUUACUAUGAGAUCGUCAUUUUCACAGCGGAGACUGGCAUGACGGCGUAUCCUCUGAUCGACAGCAUUGAUCCUCAGGGCUUUGUCAUGUAUCGACUCUUCAGAGACGCCACGCGUUACAUGGAAGGACACCACGUGAAGGACGUGUCUUGUCUGAACCGUGACACCAGCCGGGUCAUUGUGGUGGACUGCAAGCGCCAGGCCUUCUGUCUGCAGCCCUUCAACGGUCUGGCCCUGAAGAGGUGGGACGGGAACUCAGAGGACCGGACUCUAUAUGACCUCGCUAACCUGCUGAAAACCAUCGCAGUGAGUGGCGUGGAAGAUGUCCGGACGGUGCUGGAGAACUUUGCCUUGGAGGACGACCCCAUCCAGGCCUUCAAGAGGCGGCAGGCUCAGCUGGCCCAGGAGGAGGAGCAGCGCUUGACAGAAGGUUCACUGCAGAAGAAGCCCAGUUUCUCUCUGGGUUCCAUCACUUCAAGACUCUGGCGUUCGAAACAGCAGUGAGCCUGCGAGUGUGCAGCCAGUCGCUCAGAGGAGAGAGAGCUUGGAGUGAGGGACACCCUGAAGGCCACACUGGGCGGAGCCACGUCUGCAGACCGCAGCGUCCUGAAGACGCUGCUGAGCCGACUUCAGUCCGUCGCUGCAGCUUGUUGGUGCUGGGAGAAAUGAGGAGGCUCCUGCUACGCCACGCCCCUCGCCAGACUGUCAUCAGCCUCAUGUUAUCCAGGUCGUGUGCAUUGACAGAGUAAAAAUCCAUCCAAUCUCUCCGCGUCUGUUGACUUGGUUCUUGUGUGCGUCGGCCGCCAGGGUUUUUCCCGGGAGGAAUGAGGUGAGAAGGUGGGAGCAGCAGCUU